AUCAUUCCUAGGGGGCUUUUCUACCAGAGCCCGGCAGACCCCAAAGUUAGCCAGUUCUCUGAAGUUCCCUCGCCAAGGUUUCUGGGUACUUCUCCUUCUAACCUGGUUGGACCGCCGAAAUCAGGAAGAAAGAAACGGGAGAGGGCUAGGGGCUUUUGUUGCAAGUGUUUUACUUUCUGAAAAUGAUGUUUGUUAUAGAAACCAUUUCCAAAGAGGUGACCAUUUCUUUUUUAGUAUUGAUGAUAGUUUUUAUUUUUAUAAGAGCACUAGGAAACAGAAACAAAAAGCAUAUGUCUCCUCCAGGCCCAAGGCCAUUCCCUAUAAUUGGGAAUCUUCUUCAACUUGGAGAUCAUCCUUAUCUUACAUUUAUGGAAAUGAAGAAGAAAUAUGGUGAUGUGUUUCUUAUCAAGCUGGGAAUGGUCCCUGUGGUUGUGGUGAACGGGACAGAAAUGGUGAAGAAAGGAUUGCUCAAAGAUGGAGAGAAUUUUGCUGGCAGACCCCACAUGUAUACAUUUUCCUUCUUUGCUGAGGGCAAAAGUCUUUCAUUUUCAGUAAACUAUGGAGAAAGUUGGAAGCUCCAUAAAAAAAUUGCAAUGAAUGCUUUAAGAAACUUUUCCAAAGCAGAAGCCAAAUCAUCUACCUGCUCUUGUGUCCUGGAGGAACAUGUCACUGAAGAAGCUUCUGAACUGGUAAAAAUUUUCUCAAAACUCUCAUUGAAGCAAGGCAGCUUUGACCCCAAAAGUUCCAUUACUUGUGCUGUUGCUAAUGUUGUCUGUGCCUUAUGCUUUGGCAAGAGGUAUGGCCACUUUGAUAAGGAGUUUCUCAGAAUAAUUAAAACAAAUGAAGAAUUCCUGAAAGCUUCCAGUGCAGCUAACCCAGCUGAUUUCAUCCCAUGUUUUCGCUACCUCCCACUGCGUAUUAUACAUGCUCCCCGAGAGUUUUAUUGUCAACUAAAUCACUUUAUUGAACAGCAUGUACAAGAUCAUAUUACCACGUUUGAUAAGAAUCAUCUCAGAGAUAUUACUGAUGCUCUGGUUAGUAUAUGCCGUGACAAAAGUGCCACAAUAAAGACUGCUACCUUAAGUGACAAUGAAAUCAUAAGCACUGUGAGUGACAUCUUUGGAGCUGGGUUUGAAACAGUGUCAGGAUUUCUACAUUGGAGCUUUCUCUACUUGAUUUACUACCCAGAAAUACAAGCAAAAAUCCAUGAAGAGAUUGAUGGAAUUAUUGGCUUUAAACCACCCAGAUUUAAAGACAGAAAGAAUUUACCCUACACAGAAGCUUUUAUAAAUGAAAUCUUCAGGCAUACCACAUUUGUUCCAUUCACUAUUCCUCACUGUACUACCAAGGAUACAACUCUCAAUGGAUAUUUCAUUCCUCAGAAAACCUGUGUGUUUUUUAAUAUGUAUCAAGUAAAUCAUGAUGAAACUCUUUGGGAAAAUCCUGACUCAUUCCAACCUGAGAGAUUUCUAAAUGAAAAAGGAGAGAUGAAUAAAAAUUUGGUUGAAAAAGUCUUGAUUUUUGGAAUGGGAAUUAGGAAAUGCUUGGGAGAAGAUGUUGCUCGAAAUGAGGUUUUUAUUUUUAUUGUCAGUAUCUUGCAGCAGCUAAAAUUGAAGAAAUGCCCAGAAGUCCAGCUGGAUUUGACCCCUGUAUAUGGUUUAGUCAUGAAGCCCAAACCCUAUCAACUCAUAGUAGAACCUCGCUUCCAUGUGAAUUCCUCAACUUAGUGUCUCAAUUGAGUUAAAAGAAUUUAAAAUGUAAAUUGAAGAAAAUCCCUGCAUAUAAUGUACUUAAGUAAUUUGAAGAUAAAAAACAAUCCAUGAGCUUUGCUCUCAGUUCCAUGUAGGGUUUACUAUACCACUGUGAAAGAUCCAAAAGUGUAAGAUAAAGAUCUGUGAGGAGCCUAAAAUCUCAAUAAGGAAACUAAGACAUAAUCAUAUAAACCUAUUACAGAACUAUGCAAAUAAAUAUUAAUCUCAUUACCAGAUGUUUGGACUAAGUGAUGAAGGUUAAAAAAGAUUGGAAAAUAGAGAGAUCAGAAUAGCCCAGAAUAAUCAGGAAGGUUUCUUAGAAAAGAUGAGGUCUUGAGUUUAGAUUUUAAGAGUUGCAUUGAAAACAGAAAAUGAGAAAGGGGUGUUUUUAAUUGGAGAAUGUCAUUAGAAACCUUUGGAAAAAACAAUUCACAAGAUUUUUAUGAGGAUCAAAUGAGACAAUAUGUGUAAAACACCAUGUCAUGUGUAAAGAAUUUUUGUCAUCUUCAUUAUCAUCAUCAUCAUGUUGCCAACAUUAUCAUUUUUAUUAUUUUUUAUAUUAUUAUAUAUUAUUGCUUUUCUUCACUGCUUCAGGGAUCAUAUUUUAUUUCAGUACAAAUCUGUUGCUUCUACCACUAUACCCUAACUUUAGUAACUCUGUGAUUAAACAAGAUGAUAUAUGAAAAUCAGGGAAAUGAAAAGGAGGAGAAACAGAGACAGAAAGAAAUAGAGUAAGAGAGUCAGAAAGAGACAGACAGAGAUAAAAAGAGACAAAGUUUCAUUUGCAUAUGACUGAAUUACCUAGGCCAUAGUAAAAACACAUAGAAACAUUUGAGUUCAGGUACCCUCCUAAUGAAAAUUUGAAAUUUUAUAAGAGCCUAUGGAAACUCCUUUGAUAACAUGAGAUAAUUUUGCAAGGAAUAAUUUAUCAUUUGUAGUUUAAUAUAAAGCAUAUUGAUUCAAGACCUGGAUUCAGAAUCAGUAAGUUCUUCCUGAUACAUAUUGACUAAAUGACUUUAGAAGAGUCAUUCCUUAAGACUCUAAAUUGACCAGAAAGGAACAAACUUGUAUUUGUAGAAUCGGAAGCUUCCUCAUUCAAGGAGUUCUUUAUAUGAAUGGAAUCGCAGAAUUUGCUCAUCUCAUCUCAACUAGUGUUAUUGCUUUUAACAUGAAGUAAUAUUUGUUAUCAAUAAAAGAGGUAGUGAUAUUAUUGUAAAGUUCCCAACAGCAUUCCACAGAGUGUGUCCCAUCAUCUAUAAGUGAGGUGACUUGGUGUUUUGGGAAAAAUGCUAAUUAUCGAGUUAGGAAAUGUGGUCCAAAUCUUACCUACUCCUGCUCCACUCUAUCUGUAUUACCCUGCACUAGGCACUUAGACUGUACAAGCUUCAAUUUCUUCAUCUGUGGAAUGAAGGGGCUGGACUAAGUGACAAGUGAUAAUUAUAAGCCUAGAAAUAGGCUAACUUUAACAACCUUUUUGAAAAGGUGAAAUUUAGAAUUGCUGGCUCUUUCAAAUUGUAUCCAAUUCCACGUCUAGGUCUUAAAAUUAGAUGUCUUUGCUACAAAUAUGCUUGAAAUUUUUGAAGGCAAAAAAUCCCUCAAAACAAUUCAUUUGUGAUAUUUACAAAUUAUAAAAUUUAGCCUAGGAGUUCUAAUUGAAAUUAUGUGUGCUGAGUGGUCUUAAUGGGUUCUAUGCCUGAAGUCUUUUCAUGUUAAUAAAAGUAACCUACCUCAGGUAGGACUUGUCAAGAUUCUCUAGUAGAGAAAUUACAAAGCUUUUAACAUAUGUAAAAUACUCUCGAAAGUGAACAUUAGUAAUGUUUGUAAUACCAUGGGAAUUUGUGGUUUGUUUGUCUAGAAGUGAGAAAUGUUAUUUCAGCAAUUUCAUUUUAAUUGGAUUAUCAUAAACUACUUCACAUUUUACUGUAAUCUUAAGCAUAAUUAAUGUUACUCUGUUAUGGAAAAUAUAGAUAUAUUUGUCUUAAAUAUAUUUUAGAUCAUUAUAAAGAUGGACAAUAAUAGUAUGAGAAUAAAUGUCCUAAUUAAAAUGUAGAGAAAAUUUAUAUGAUACUUAUUCCUUUAGCAAAUCAGUUUCUUGCUGAAGUAAUAAUGGAUUAUGAGCUGUAUCUCAGGAUGGUCUUAUGCACAUGUUCAUAUCUAAUUUGUUUUUCAUUCAUAUGGGAAAUAAAAAAUCAAAUAUUUACAAAGUA